AUGGAGAAAUGGAAUACUCCUGGAGCUAUCGACGAGACUAUCGAAGAAGUUCGAUCAAAAGUCAGACGAAUUACUGGAUCUGGCAAAAAAGUCAAAUCACUUGAACAAAUUGCCAUUGAAUUUGAAAAUAAGGAUGGAACACAAUUCAUGACAGAAGAAGAAAUUUCUGAAAUGAAGGAACACAUUCUCUUUGAAUAUGAACCAAGAUUUGUGUACCGUAAUGAGAGCCGCGUCUCUUUACCAGAAACUCGGCUCCGGUUCAAAAACAAAACCAAUACUCCGGAAAUAAUGCAAAGGACAUUUGAUCAAUUUAUACGUUAUUGUUUGGGAAAAGCCGGAGGAAAUUUGGAAAAGACAAGAAUGAGUUUUGGAUUUUUCCACGAAGGAUUCCACAAAACUCAAGGUUUUUGGAUCAAUGAAAGGACGUAUCAAACCUUCAAUGGACAGGUGUUGUUUGAUGAAUUGGAACGCAUUACUCAAUCUAAAGAAGGAGUGGACAUUGAUGAUACAUUUAUUAUUCACAUGCACGUCUUUAAUACAUUUGAAGGAGGAGCACGUCGAAAAAACACACUUUUUGAUGAGCAACUCAAAAUACCUGCCCACGUCGUAGGAAGCGGUAAAUGUCUACCGAAAUCUGUAGCUAUUUCGAUGGCAUUUCUUGCAUCAAAGGAAAACGAGACAAAACGUUUGGAAUGGGAAAGAAUGAUCCGAGUAAUGUACAGAAGUCUAAAUGAGAAACUACAGCUCAAAGCUGCAAAUGUCAUUCUGGAAAAAGCGGGGCUGCCCACAGAUCAGCUAGUCUUUAACAUUGAUGAUUUGGAAAAAAUUGCUGCAGUUUAUCCCGAAUACAAGUUUGAAGUCUACAGCAGACCCGCUUAUGAAAAAGUUUACCAAAUAAUCAAAGAGUUGAAUCUUGAUGGCGAAAAAAUUGUCACCAUUGCUUUCAAAAAGGAAGAUGAAGUUGGUCAUUAUGACUUCAUCAAACCGUCAUUAGUAUACAUGAAAACUUCUUUUUGUCACAAAUGCAAAAAGAAAACAUCUUCGACAGGCCAUUCUCAAGUUUGUGAAGCCAAGUGUGGAAAAUGUGGAUUUUAUGAAUGUGACAGAACUCAAAUCGAGACAAUUUAUUGUGACAAGUGUAAUACAAACUUUUCUAAUCAAGAUUGUUACAAUGGGCAUUUGGAAUGUGCAUACAAUUCGAAAAAAUCAAUGUGUGAUAAAAGAUAUACAUGUCGUGAAUGCUUUUUUCGAGUGUGCAAAGACAAAAUGUCACAAGAUGAAGUUCACGAGUGUGAAAAACGUUCAAGAUGUAUGCAAUAUCAUUCUCAACCCCAGCCUAAUCAUAAGGUCAACCUCAUUUGCUUCAAAAUGAUUUGUAACAAAUGUGUCGAAGAGAGAUUGGAAUGUGACUGUGAAUCUGGAAACUUUCACUACUUUGAACACGUGGAUCCGUUGGAAGAUUUCACAGAGUUUCUAUUGUACACAAAAAAGUUGGACGGAGCUUAUGUCAUUGCACAUAAUGGAGGACGGUACGACCACAACUUUGUACUGUCAACUAUGAUUAAAAACUUUGGCAUCAUCCCUGACUACGUCUCAAAUGGAACCUCAUUAAUAAUGGCGGACAUCACAAAAACAAUGUGGCGUACUCAAGAGCACAACAACUUGAAAUUUAGAGACUCUUUACGGUUUAUACCUAUGGCUCUCUCAAAAAUGCCAAAAACUUUUGGAAUCACGGAGUUGAAGAAGGGAUACUACCCCUACUACUUCAAUCACAAGGACAACUACGGUAAAAUCUUGGAUCGUCUUCCAGCAAAACAUUUCUAUGAUCCGGAGCAUAUGAAACCUGAACCGUUGAGCGAGUUUGAGAAAUGGUACGAAGAACACCAAAAUGAUGUAUUCGACGCUGACCAAGAACUAUUGGCGUAUUGUCAAAGUGACGUAGAAAUAUUGGCAGCGGGAGUGGCCGAGUAUAUCAAGCCUGCACAAUUGCCAGUUAUGUCCAUCACAUUCUAA